AUGGCUUUGCUGUUGGAAUAUGGCUCAUGGGUGAACCAGAAGGAACCAUCGUUUGGACACCAAACCCGAAUUGAAUUAACCAAAGAGGGUCUUCUGCUUAGAAACGAGAAACAGAAGGAAGUAGUCAUUGCUAACGCGUCUGAGCCUGCGGUUUCAGCAUCUAUGCUUGAUUCUGGGAAUUUUGUGCUUUAUAGUAAGAAUCAUAGUGUCCUCUGGCAGAGCUUUGUUUAUCCCACGGACACCAUAUUAGGAGGUCAGAAUUUAUCUGAGGGACAAAAUCUGACCUCUGCAAAUGGACAUUUCACUCUCAAUAUGCAGAGCGAUGGAAAUCUUGUUGCCUACCCUGGGAAUAAUGAAAGAGAAGACGAUGCUUACUGGCACUCAAAUACUUCUGAACUAAGUGCCUCACAACUUACUCUUAAUCUUACAGGCUUUCUUUGCCUCAGCUAUUAUGGGGAUACCAUCAAGGUUCUGGCCAAUGGCAACUAUCUCGGGAGGACCACAAGCUUAAUCUAUCGUGCAACAUUGGAUUUGGAUGGCAUAUUUAGAUUGUAUGUUCACACAUUGGAGAAGAAUAAUACUGGAUUCACUAGUCAUCUUUUGUGGGAGGCUAUUUCUGAUCGUUGUCAAGUCAAGGGCUUUUGUGGCUUGAAUAGUUAUUGCUCCAUCGUAGCUGGCAAAGCUGAAUGCAAGUGUUAUCUCGGAUUCAAGCCAAUAAGUGGAAACAACAGCAUGUUCUUGGUUUGCGAUCAGACCAUGAAAAAUGAUUGUAUCACCAGUAGAGAUCCGAGGAUGCUAUACAAUGUUAGUAGCCCAUUGCAACAUAUGCAAUGGAGCCUUGUUCCUUAUUGGAACAUGCAAUUGGAAAUGGAAGCUUGUGGGAAGUCAUGCCAGGAAGACUGUGAUUGUGGGGCAGUGUUACAUGAAGAUGGCAGCUGCAAGAAGUAUAAGCUUCCGCUUGCUUUUGGCAGAAUUAAUAAUACUGUAUCAACCACAGCCCUCUUCAAGGUGCCUUCAAUGAAUGCCAUCCAUCCAAAAAAAGCCAGAGGUUGUUGUUGA